CCGCUUCUCACUCUUGCUCAACAGCUGAUAAGUACACGAUGGCUCCUCGUAGAAUGAGGCCAAGUCCCUCCACCGUAACACAACCAUGGUAGCCGCCAACAAGGACCGCGUUGUCCCGUACGACCCCAUCACCCUCUCUGUUUUCCAAAACCGCUUCAUGUCCAUCGCCGAGGCGAUGGGCCGGUCACUGCAGCAGACUUCGAUCUCUACGAAUAUCAAAGAACGCCUCGACUACUCGUGUGCGGUUUUCGCGCCGACGGGGGACCUCGUUGCCAAUGCACCCUUCAUGCCUGUCCACCUUGGCAGCAUGAGCUGGAGUGUGAAGCAUCAGCUUGCGCUCCAUGGGCCCACGCUCAAGCCCGGCGACGUGCUCCUCACGAAUGCGCCGCAAAGCGGCGGCUCGCACCUUCCGGACUUGACCGUCAUUACGCCAUGCUUUGAUAACGGCGAGAUCAUCUUCUUCAGCGCGUCGCGCGCCCACCACGCUGACAUCGGCGGCAUCCUGCCUGGCUCUAUGCCGCCCACAUCUACCGCACUGUUCGAGGAGGGCGCCGAAAUCCCUUCGCUCAAGGUCGUGAGCGAGGGCGUGUAUAACCGCGAUGCCGUGUACACAGCCUUGGUGGAAGAGCCGGCGCAGUAUCCUGGCUGCUCUGGUUGUCGCAAUUUCCGCGACGUCGAGAGUGACCUCAAGGCGCAGAUCGCCGCCAACCACAAAGGCGUGCAGCUCCUCACCGCCCUCGUGGCCGAGUGGGGCCUGCCCACUGUGCACGCGUACAUGGGUCAUAUUCGAAGCAACGCUGAGUCCGCUGUGCGCGACAUGCUGCGCCGCGCGUCAAAGGAGAUUGGCACCACUUUCUCGGCGCUUGACUACCUGGACGAUGGAUCACCGAUCUGCCUCCGCGUCGAGAUUGACCCCGACACUGGCGGCGCCGUCUUCGAUUUCGAAGGCACUGGCCCGGAGCUGCGCGGCAACCUUAAUGCCCCGGUGUGCGUCGUCCACGCCGCCGUCAUCUACUGCCUCCGCAGCAUGAUUGGUGAAGAUAUCCCUCUCAACGCCGGCUGCCUCGUUCCCCUAGACAUCCGCAUCCCUAAGGGCUCGCUCCUCUCGCCUUCGCCCACCGCCGCCGUCUGCGGCGGCAACGUCAUGACAUCGCAACGCGUAACCGACACAGUCCUCAAAGCCUUUCGCGCGUGCGCCGCCUCGCAGGGCGACACGAACAACCUCACCUUCGGUGUGGGCGGCAAAGACCCCAUCACAGGCGAAAUCACGGACGGAUGGGGAUACUACGAGACUAUUUGUGGCGGCUCGGGCGCCGGCCCCGGCUGGCACGGCACGUCGGGCGUGCACACGCACAUGACGAACACGCGGAUCACGGACCCCGAAAUCCUCGAGCGCCGCUACCCCGUGCUGCUGCGCGAGUUCCACUUCCGCCCCGGCUCGGGCGGACAGGGCGUGUGGAGCGGCGGCGACGGCGUCGUGCGCUCGUACCAGUUCCUCGAGAAUCUGCAGGUGUCGAUCAUGAGUGAGCGGCGCGCACGGGCCCCGUACGGCGUCGACGGCGGCGGCGAGGGCGGCAUGGGCCGCAAUUUGUGGGUGCGUGAGGGCGGACGCGUCGUCAAUGUCGGUGGGAAGGGCACGAUGCAGUUCGCAGCGGGCGAUACCCUCGAAGUCCAUACCCCGGGGGCCGGCGGGUGGGGCAUCCCUGGCUCCGAGGUAGUUGUGGCUAAGAAGGAGAACGGAUUUAAAGAGGUCGAGAUGCGGGGCAGUGUGGCGGAGCGGUCGCGCGUCGACUUCUAGGCGGUAGUCGAAAUGAAUAGCCUUUGUUUGCAC